AUGCUCAAGGAUGUAGCUCAACUCAAGUCGCAGGACCUCUUCGGCGCCACUAUGCAUCCGAACCGUGCCCGGUAUCCCGACGAUAUGACGCUCUUCUGGCUGCGGCGAUUGCGCGAGCACUGGUAUGAUUGGACGAACCAUUUCUGGGUUGCCGUGGACACGGAUGAGAAGGGCGAGGAAGUGGUGGUGGGAAUGGCGGAGUGGCAGCGGCAGGGUGCCGGGGCGAAGGGGAUGGAGUUGAACCCGCUGGAUCCACGGAACCUUCUCAAACCCCUCUCGAUUAUACAAAACCGCGCCUCUGCCUACAUCUACCCCAACCGGGCUGCCGACCCCUCCACCGCCGACCUCUUCGACCGCGCGAUUCCCUACAGCAUGCACCACUGGGCCGUCGGCACGCGCGCCGAGAACUGGUACCUUGAUAUCCUGGCCGUAGACCCUGCGUACCAAGGCCGCGGCUUCGGGCGUCAGCUCGUCGAGUGGGGCCUCGAGAGGGCAAAGAAGGAGAACGUUCACGCAAGCUUGAUAUCGAGCUACGGGAACGAGGGGUUCUACCAGAGGUGCGGGUAUGGCGAUAUCGUGGGUUGGGCAUCGGAGGGGGAGGGGAAUCCGAUUGCGCACGUGAGGGGAGGCGCGAUCAUGUUCAUGGUUCCUAAGGUGGAGACGGCAGAGGAGGGACGAAAGAGGGUGGAGGAAAUUGGGCAGAGUGGUCCUCAUAAGCCAUGA